AUGGGCAUCCAAGGCCUGUUGCCGCUGCUGGCAGAGGUGACCAAGCGGACACACGUGUCGUCGUUUGCGGGGCAGACGUUCGGGGUGGACAUCUCGUGCUGGCUCCACGCCGGUGCGACGCGGUGUGCGACACAGCUUGCGCUCGGCCAGCCGACCCGCGGCUAUGUGGACUUUGUUCUCGACCGCAUCGCGUGUCUGCGGCACAACAAAGUAAGCCCGUAUGUGGUGUUUGACGGCCAGUCGCUGCCGGCCAAGGCCGGGACCAACACCGCUCGGUCGGCCCGCCGCGCAGAGGCCAAGGCCCUCGGCGAGGCGCUCCUCCGCAAGGGCGACCACGCCGGCGCCAAGGACGCGUUCAAGCGUGCAGUCUCCAUCACCUCGACCAUGGUCCGCCACGUCCAACACGCGCUCAAGGCUGCUGGAAUCCCGUUUGUCGUCGCGCCGUUUGAGGCCGACGCCCAGCUCGCGUGGCUCCAGAUCUCGGGCGUCGUCGACGCUGUCCUCACCGAGGACUCGGACCUGCUGGUCUUUGGUGUCACGUCGAUGGUGUGCAAGAUGACCUACGCCGGCGACUGCUCGCACGUCGAUCUCUCGCCCGGUGCGCUCGCCCGCGUCACCGCGCUCAAGCUCGCCACCUUUGACCACAAACUCUUCCGCGCCAUGUGCAUCCUCUCCGGCUGCGACUACCUGCCGUCGAUCCGCGGCAUCGGGCUCAAGACUGCCAACUCGCUCCUGGUCAAGUGGCGGAGCGUCGAAAAGAUCCAGGUUGUCCUGCGCGCUGAGCGCGGGGCCUGUGCCAUCCCGCCAGGCUACGCUGACGCCUACGCCGACGCCGAGUGGACCUUUCUGCACCAGCCGGUCUUUGACGUCAACGCCCACGACGCGACGCCCGAGCUCAUCGCUGCGCGUGCCACAGUCGCCGGCGCGCUCAGUGAGCCUGCCAUCGCCGUCGCGCUCUGCACCGGCGAGCUCGAUCCCAAGACGCUCCAGCCGUGGCCAGCUCCGCUGCCGCGUCUCCCAUCGCGAGGGCCGCGCCGCUCCCACUCGCUCCCGUCGCAUGAGGCGUUUGCCUCGGCCGAGGGCUGGCGUGACAAGACGCAGCCAACCAUCUUCCAAGCUGUCCAGCGCAUGCGGCCGGCGCAGGCCAAGGCCGGCGCCGAGCUGCCGCCGGUCCAGCGAACUAUCUUCUCGUCGGCGGCCAAGCGCCGCGCGCCGCGCGAGGAGCCGCUUCCCAAUCCGCGCCCCACCAAGGCCGCCAAGCCGCUGCAGCCAUCGUCCGAGCCGGUCACUCCGCCGCGCAAAUCGUUGCAGAGCCUCGCAGACUCGCGCGGGCUCCUCACAAACUCGGCCAUCCAUCCCGGACACGUCGCAGUCGCACCAACCUCGCCGACCUCGCCGCGCCUCCUCGGCGCCGUCGCCUCGCGCUUUGAGUUUGGCGACGACUGCGCAAAUCAGCCGUGGCCUGGCAAGGCUGCGGCCAAGAGCAAGGGCAAGGACAAGACCAAGACCAAGACCAAGAAAAAGAAGAAGAAGAGCAAGCGACGGAGCGACAAGGCCGCUCACCCGGGGCACGCCAUCACCAUCCCAGACUCACCGCUGGUCAACUCUGCGCGAGUGGCAUCGUACGUCGCGGCCGCCAAGACCGCGCCAACAACCUCGAUCUCGCUUCUCUCGCUCGAUGCAUUUGCCUUUGGUGUGUCCAGCCCCACGCCGACGCCCACCACACCCUCAGUCGAGGCCGCCGCCGCCGUCAGCCCGCGCACGCCCUCGGCCGCCAUCGGCGUCUGCCGCCUCCGCCGCCGCCAGCUCUCGGCCGUCCUCUCCCGCACCGUCUCUGCGCCGCCGGCCAUGCGCCGACAGCACCUGCCGUCGCCGAUCGCGCCCUCCUCUGCCCAUACCGCCCCCAACCCCGCCCCCGCCCCCGCGCCUGCGCCCGCUCACACCCGAGACGACGUCGAUGCGCUCGUCUCGGCCGCCGCCUCGGCCGCCACCCCCGCCAGCCACCAACCGUCGCUCCUCGACAGCCUGCGCUUCAACGCUAGUGGAGGCAUCAGCCCGCGAACCUCAUCGCUGGUAGGCAUCGAGUAG